AUGAAAUUCGCAUACGCAUCGCUUUUAGUUUCCGCUAUUCUCGCUAUCUCUACUACUGCUGCCCCUACAGCAGCGAGAAAUAAAAAACGUGAAGCAAAGCCUCUAGAUAAACGUACUGCUGUUCCCGGAAAAAAAGAUUCUUACUCUUACUACAAUUCUUACUACGAUCCUUACUAUAAUCCUUAUACUAAUUCUUACUAUAGUCCUUACGGGGGUGGCGAUAAUUAUGGUUACGGUUCUAGUGGUUACAAAAAGCCGUAA